CCUCAGUGCGGUCGCUAGCGCGCUGGCGGAGCGGAGAGCCGGCCUCCCCAGCCCGUGCUCGCGGGAGCGCUCGCCUAGGAGUUCACACCAGCGAGCGGAGCGCGGUCCCCACACGGACUGCUAGGAGGAGGCGUCCGGACCAUGGUCGCUCGCCACUGAGUUUCCGGCCGCGACUCUGAUUAUUGGCAAAUAAUCGCAAUAACAAUACCGCGAGCCCCGGGGCUGGCCACCGCCACGCUCGGUCUCUGCCAGCCCGUUCGCGACCGCGUCGCCCACCCUUGGCCCUGACCGUCAGCUCCAAGCGAGCCCAUGGAAAAAUCCAAAAAUUUCCGCAUCGACGCCUUGCUGGCGGUGGAUCCCCCGCGAGCCGCCUCCACGCAGAGCGCGCCUCUGGCCUUGGUCACUUCGCUCGCUGCCACGGCAUCCGGCCCCGGGCGAGGCGGCGGCGGCGGCGGCGGGGGGACCAGUAGCGGGGCGAGCCGCAGCUGCAGCCCCGCGUCUUCCGAGGCCCCCGCGGCCCCCGGCGACCGCCUGCGGGCUGAGAGCCCGUCGCCCCCGCGCUUGCUGGCUGCGCACUGCGCGCUGCUGCCCAAGCCGGGAUUCCUGGGCGCCGGAGGAGGCGGCGGCGCGGCGGGUGGCCCGGGCACUCCCGCUGCUGCGGGCGGCCUGGCGCUGGGGCUCCACCCGGGGGGCGCGCAGGGCGGCGCGGGCCUCCCCGCGCAGGCGGCUCUCUACGGACACCCGGUGUACAGUUACUCGGCGGCGGCGGCGGCGGCCGCGCUAGCUGGCCAGCACCCGGCGCUUUCCUACUCGUACCCUCAGGUGCAGGGGGCGCACCCUGCUCACCCUGCCGACCCCAUCAAAUUGGGUGCCGGCACCUUCCAGCUGGACCAGUGGCUGCGCGCAUCUACCGCGGGCAUGAUCCUGCCCAAGAUGCCGGACUUCAGCUCCCAGGCGCAGUCGAACCUCCUGGGGAAGUGCAGACGGCCUCGCACCGCCUUCACCAGCCAGCAGCUGCUGGAGCUGGAGCACCAGUUCAAGCUCAACAAGUACCUGUCGCGGCCCAAGCGUUUUGAGGUGGCCACCUCCCUCAUGCUCACCGAGACCCAGGUGAAGAUUUGGUUCCAGAACCGCCGAAUGAAAUGGAAACGCAGCAAGAAAGCCAAAGAGCAGGCCGCGCAGGAGGCAGAGAAGCAGAAGGGCGGCGGAGGGGGCGCCGGCAAGGGCGGCGCUGAGGAGAAGGCCGAGGAGGAGCUGCUGGGGCCGCCAGGGGCGGGGGACAAGGCCGGCGGCCGGCGCCUGCGGGACUUGCGGGACAGUGACCCGGAUGAGGACGAGGACGAGGACGAGGAGGACGACCGCUUUCCCUACAGCAACGGCGCGGGUGCCCACGCCGCGUCGUCCGACUGCUCGUCCGAGGACGACUCGCCUCCCCCGAGGCCAGGCGGCCCGGGGCACCAACCUCCACCCCAGUAGGUGGCUACACUACAGCAGGGACGCUCACGACGGCCACCCGGCUCUUCGGGGUUCUAACCCGGCCCGUGGCCUGCGGCCAGGCUGGCAGCCUCUCCUCUGACCGUGCAUCCAGGUGCGGGCUGGGAAAGGGAUCCUUUCUGGAGAGAGAGAGAGAGAGAGAGAGAGAGAGAGAGAGAGAGAGAGAGAGUCCAGUGCGAACUUUCGUUCUUUUACAUUUAAUUUCGGGUUGUGUUGGCCAGAGGUGUUUUGUGAGGAGAACGGACCCUUUUCUAGGAGCGGCUCCUGCCUGACUCUUCCUUCAUCGGAGAAGGGAAAAAACGACAGUGUUAAGCGACCUAAAACUUGAAACCUCCUUUGGAGACAACCAUUCUGCUGAGAUUUGAAAACAGAAAAGAAAAGGUUUUAUGCCUAUGUAUGGGGGUGGGGUGGGGUGUUAUGUCACGAUCAUUCAGACUGCUGAAAAAAAAAUCUCAGAAUGGUAGUGUAUUUUUGUAUAUUGUAUUUAUAUAUAAAGA